AUGGCGCCGAACAACGAACAAAUGGUUACGACUUUAUAUCAUGAUCCAUCGGUUGUAGUUAUUCGCAGAGAAGAGUCUUUGACCCGGCUUCAAAACAAUAUUAAUCUUGCUCAAUCUCAGCAUCAUUCUGAGUCUCGACUCUACCCCCUCUUGAACCGCAUUGUCAGUGAUUUAUGUUCAUUGGCGAAACAUGAUUCGGAGGAACAGGGAAGUAGAGAGCUACAGUGUCAUUCGCAGGCUCUGUUUCCCGUGGAAGAAAAUCAUAACCAGGUCCCAGAUGUUGCGGCGUGCGUAUUUAGCGCUGAUUCUCUCGACAUGUUUCCUGCUUUUUGGUUUGAAGGAAAAGCCCUGCCUCUCGAAAAGGACGUAGAAAGUUGGCAAUCCCCCAAGGCUCGUUACCGUGCCAUGGAAAUAUUUGCAAACUCGAUACCUCAGCUUCGCCAACAAGUUAAUAAUGCCUUUGAAUGUUUUGAACAUGGACCUACGAGUUACCAUGUUUUCUUAUUAGUCGGGACAUUUUGGUCCUUGCUCGUUUUCGAGAAACAGCAGGAAGAUGAUGUGAGAGACUAUAUUGAACAGAAGGAGGCAGCGGCCAAGCAGGAACUAGUGGGGAUUGCCAAAAAGCUCAUUGACAGGAAGAACCAAGCCUCGGUACUCCCCGCUGCUAAACGAAGGAGGAUCACAAAAAGUACUCCAGCAGCCAAGAACCCAGAAAUUGUGAUGAAAACGGAUAUCACUGUCCCGGACCGUCUUCUCCCCCAACUUAAAUAUGUGAAUGAGCCCCUUGUAGUCGGAAGCCCUGUCGAAAACUAUAGCCCCAACUUUUUAAAAGCGGUGAAUUCUGCUAUGGCCCAGAACCAUUUUGUCUUGCAACCGUCUUGGUUUAAUGUGCCGCCCAAUUUCAACUCUCACCCAGAUCUGACGGAAGGCAUCCGGAGAUUGCGGUCUGCCUAUGAACGAGACUUGAAAAACAUCAUGUCCAAUGAAAAAGUGGCUCUGGAAGAUCAUCUAUAUUCACCACCACAGGACUCGAAUGAUACAACCUAUCGUCCUCCUCGUAGAAACAUGGACAAUGACCAGGACCGGCAAUAUGACCUCCGGAGUAGUGCGGCUGGUAAUCAUGGUACACUAGAUAGUGCAGAUACAGAUUCUUCACAUUCUACUAGUGGGGAGGAGGAGGAAGAUAGUGAUACUUAG